GGGACAACGUGUGCUGCGCCGCCCGCCCGCAUUAUCGCUUUUAUUCCGCCUAAUUGACAGGAUAUUAGCGCGCCUAGGAUGUGAUAGAUAGUGUGGAUAUUUAUCUCUCUCUCGCCUGGAUGUCUCUGAGGUGACCUGGAGUGUGCGGUGUGAGGUGUCAGCUCGGGAAGUGUAACUGUAGUUGGAUAUUAUAAAUAAAAUAGAUGGGUAAUUACCGUACGAGGUAAUUGGAUAUUUAUAGUCUUCAACUGGAAACAUAUAUAAAUAAUCACUUUAUUUUUAUUUCUUAAAAAUGGUAAACAAUAACAACAUGAGUUAGAUAAGAAGGUGAAAGAAAAAGUGUUAGAGGAAAUUGUCCCUCGCUUUACCCGGCCAGUGAGUGUUGUUAAUGAAUGUGCCGACGGUUGUUGUGUUGUGAGGGCUUCUUCACCACUACUGUAGGCCUCGGUCACCACGGGGCCGGCCUCCAACUUUAAGUCCAUCACGUACACUCACCGCUCAUAAAUGUGAAAGUUGCUGUCAAGGAUUAACACACACAAAGGAAAAAUGUUUACAGUAUUUUUCCGUUUUGUAGUUUGAUAAGACUCCAACUAGUUAUUGAGGUCCAUUGAACCGGGUACACUUACUAAACAAGUUCCUUUGAUCCUGUGAUUCAAGUCUCAAAAAGUCUAAUUAUGAAGGAGGGCGGCACGGCCAGUAAUGACAGAGGUCCACCACUGAAAUAGGAAGACUUGUGUUUGAUGUUGUGGAGGGCGGCAGAGUGCCACUUGCAUCCCUCUACACCUUAAAGAAGACGAGGAGCUAUAUGCCUGCUGCCUCACCCAACCUUACAGUUAAUACUAGUUUUCUCAGAUUUACAAAAUGUUGUCAUACUUGAGUGACGUAAUUGUUGUAUAAUUAUUAGUGCGCAGUUAAAGAAUGUUUUUUAUUAGUAAAAAAUCACAAUGAUGACCACUUGUGUUCAGUAACGUGUUGGUAAAGUUUACUAGAUGAUGGUGAGUGCGGGGCGAGCUCAAGCGGGGCUGGUGGCGACGCUGGUGGUGAUGGCACUGGCAGUCACGCACCAUGACGCCCACGCCGCCCGCACCACCAGGAACCUCAGCCCCAGGAUGGUGAGGACCAAGUACGGCACCCUGCGGGGACUUAUAGUCAACCUCGGGGUACAGAGACUGGGUGAUGCUGAGGUGUUCCUCAGUGUGCCUUACGCCUCCCCGCCCAUAGGCAACUUGAGGUUUAUGCCCCCGGGGUCACCCUCACCCUGGAGGGAGGUGAAGAUAGUGGACCACCUGGGGCCAGUGUGUCCGCAGCGGCUACCUGAUAUUAGAAAUGAGACAGAAGCUCUCAAGAAGAUGAGCCGCGGCCGCUAUCAGUACCUACGACGGCUCCUGCCCUACCUGAGGAACCAGAGCGAGGACUGCCUCUACCUCAACAUCUACACACCUGCUGGAGGUUCUGAGGAAGAGAUGAACAAAAACACACACUGGCGUAAACCUUACAUUAAUUUCACCAGACAGAAAUAA